CUCAAGCUUCACUGUUUCCACUUGAUUGAAUGCCAAGGAGCUUUAUAAAAAGCAAGGCACAGUAACUCCACAUUAAAACCUGCAACAUUACAACCAGGUCUUCAGCCUGAGAGUUCUGGAGCCAUGAUUUCACAGCCUUUUGAUUGCACUUUCUUUGUGAUAGCAUGCAUCUUUUUCAAAUGUUGCCUUGCUUUUGACAAGGCAGCAGAACAAACUAAAAAUGAUGCCACAGAAGUGUUCCACAAUCUCAAGGUAUCACUGCAUGAAAGUCCAAGUAAUUUAACAUUAAACCAGGCAAGGAAUGGAGGAAGGCAACCUAACCCUUCAGAUCUUAAAGAUCGGUCUCAAGUUGGUUGUCGAGAGCUCAGAUCAACCAAAUACAUUUCUGAUGGUCUGUGCACAAGUAUCAAUCCAGUGAAGGAGCUGGUGUGUGCAGGAGAGUGCUUACCAGUGCCAGUGCUUCCUAAUUGGAUUGCAGGUUAUGGCAGGAAAUACUGGAGUAGACGUAACAGACAAGAGUGGCGUUGUGUGACUGACAAGACUCGUACUGAGAGAAUUCAGCUCCAAUGCCAGAAUGGAGGGACACGAACCUACAAAAUUACAGUAGUCACUUCUUGCAAGUGCAAGAGGUACACACGACAACACAAUGUGUCAAGCAUUGCCAACUUCGAGGAGGCAUUACCAGCAAGCAAGAGAAGAUCCAGGGGCAAAAAAAGAUCCCGUAAGAUUCACCAAGAGGAGACCAAACGUAGAAGAAAUUGGCCUGAAAUGGAAGAUAGACAGUGAUGUUUAUGCACCAUAUGAACUGUUUUAUGUAAGAAUGAACUGUCCAUAUUGAUGUUCUGCAUAUUAUCAAACACGUUUAUUCCAUAUUUUUAGGCAUGAUUAAUUAAGGAAGGAUUAGUUAAUAGUCCAGCAGAUAAGUAUUAUCCACCCAGACUCCUGAAUGAAAAUUGUAGCUGUAAGCUGUAACACUUUAUUCUGCGCUCUUGUUUAUUUUCUCUUUUGCACUAGCUGAUGUACUCAUGUAUGGUAUGAUUUGCUUGGACAGCACGCAAAACAAGGUUUCACUGUAUCUCGGUACACGUGACAAUGAUAAACCAAUACCAAAAACAUGUAUACUCAGGAUCCUGGACACAUUAAUAGUUUCAACCGCAUUCCUUACUCAGCACCUUUCACUUAAAAAAAGAUAAUGGCAGCACUCUUGGAUGAUUAAUAAAAUAAAAACAUAGUAAAACAGUGAAAACAAAUUAAGCUAUAUGAUUCAAACUUGCAGAUUAUUAAACCCUUUCAUUAAAUAAACCAAGAUAGGAAUCAUAAGGGUUUUCAUUUCAUCUGUAAAUUAAUUGCGCAAUUAAACUGAUCUGGAGGGAUAUCGGUGGAUGAAAGUUUAACUUUCCCAGGACUCCACAUAUAUUCAGUAUGUUAUUCUCAAAUCUUUUAUGUUUUCAGAAUGUACACGAGUGAUUUCAUUUUCAAUGCAGAACAAGAGGUAGUAUAAGGGCUUAAAGUUAACGUACCUGCUCAGUGAUGACAAUUCAACUUCCCAGCAGAAGGUUUGUCCAUUUCUAAUCUAUGUUUAGAAACAAGGUUCAUUUACACAUAACCACUUAAGCCCUAAUGAUAUUUCAACUUUUGAGGCAAUGACAUGCAGAUGUUCAAGAAUGGUCAAGAAUAAUAUAAGUGGAGUAUCAUAUUAAAUCAAAUUAAGCCACAGAUACUUCAACAGUUAAACAAGCAUUGUCAUUUAUUUAUGGUCUUACAAUGUAAUUAUUUAAUAAACAGUUGCUUUUAGUUCCAAAGAAUUAUUAAGCAUACAUUUUUAUGGUUUUAUCAUGCAUCUUAAUAUUAAAAGUAGCAGAUUAGAAUACAUGUGCAGAUAAUGGAGUCUACAUUUUGUACAGGUAUUGGCAUUCUUUCUAUAUGUUUUUUCAAGUAUUAAUUUAGGUAUCUUGUUGCAAGGUUUAUCAGAGUAUGAUAAACUCAAAAAUUAGCUUUACUUAAUCAAUCAAUGAUAUGGAAAGGGUUGUACCUUCCACAGAACACUUUUCUGAUUUAAACAGAUGUUUUGUUUUAUCUUUUAAUGACGUAUGCUUUCUCACAGGAACAUGUAGAAAAUGAAUCAAUAAAGUCACAGAUUCUCUGUA